UCUGUCUUAACUCGACGAACGUGGCGCCUUUCUCCUCGAAUUAUCCUCCUUACUGCGAAGAAGAGCUAGUUGGUUAGGUCGCGUGGUGGUGGGCUUCGUAGUGGUGGCGUUUGUGAUUAGGAUUUGUGAGUAGUUGCUGUUUAACAGUAAAAUAACACGAUGUCGCGUAAUGUUUCAUCUCUCGCGAAGUUUCUUAGAGCUCCGCGUAGUUCAAGCGCCACAGGAGCAGGUCUAAGUGGCAUUCAGGCACUGACAGGAAAAUCAAACAAUAUUGCGAGUUUCCGAGCUCAGGCACGACUGGUGUCAAAUGUCUCAGAAACCUCUAGUUCUGCAAGCAAGUAUACUGAUGGUCUGUUGGGAUCAUUGGUCAAUGAACAACAGCUCACUCAGCAAAGUAACCCAAAUCAGACAGUAACUAAAAAGCCUGAUUGGAAUAGGGCUGUGUCAGAUGCCGAAAAAAUUGUUGGAUACCCAACAUCAUACCUGAGCCUUCGCUGCCUUCUCAGUGAUGAAAUUUCUAACAUUGCUGUACAUGUGCGCAAGCUUGUAGGAACGAGCCAUCCUCUGCUUAAGACUGCCAAGCGGCUGAUCUACAAUGGCAGAAACAACAUGCAGACGCGCGGCCUCAUUGUGCUGCUGCUCUCUAAGGCAGCCGGCCACAUGAACCCCGAGGAGCUGGAGGUGGCUGAUGAGCAGGAUAAGCCGGCCGGCGUCUCCCACAGCCAGCGCUCUCUGGCGGAGAUCACCGAGAUGAUCCACACAGCGCAUCUGAUCCACAAGGGCGUCGUGAACCUGACGCCGUCCGACUUCCCCGACGGCAACACGCUGCAGGACAUGACGUUCGGCAACAAGAUUGCCAUCCUCAGUGGCGAUUACCUGCUGUCCAAUGCCUGCACGGGCCUGGCGGCGCUUAAGAACUCCAAGGUGGUGGAGCUGAUCAGCACCUCCAUCUCGGACUUCAUGGAGGCCGAGUUCAUCGGCGUGCAGGACACGCAGAGCAACCCCAUCCCGACCAAGAACAUGGCGAUGGAGGAGUGGGCGGCCAAAAACUACCUGGCCGCUGGCAGUCUGAUGGCCAAGAGCUGCCAGGCCACGCUCGUGCUGGCCGGGCACUCGGAGGAGAUGCAGCAGAAGGGCUUCGAGUUUGGCAAGCAGAUCGCCUACUCGUGGCAGGCGCACGCAGACCUUCAGCCGUUCCUGGACCUGUACCGCUGCCCGCCGGGCACGCAGUUCGACCUGACCUCGGCGCCCGUGCUGCUGCACUGCCAGGAGCACCCCGAGCUGCUCGAGUACAUCCAGUCGUGCGGCGACACCAUCGACAACCUGGACUUCAAGUACCUGCACCAGGCCAUCAUGCAGGGUCCCGGCGUCAAGCAGGGCCUGGAGCUGUGCAUGCAGCACGCUCGGCUGGCGCUGGACGUGCUGGCUGACUUUGAGCGCUCGGACGCGCGCGUCGCCCUCGAGAACAUCAUCCAUGCCAUCAUGGAGUGCGACUAGCCGGCCGGCCGCGAGCCCGUAGCGGCCGGGUGCCGGCCAAGGAAGCAUCAAAAGAUGGAGGCUGGCGAUCGCAAGGGCGAUGAAGGUGUGCUGCUGACUCAGCGGCGGGUCGUUUCUUUGUGAAGCAGAGAUGUAGGGGACGAUUGCGGAGCGGACGGAUAACCACUUUGUGGUUCUGGCUCAUGAAAAAUACUCUGGGAUGGGACUUUUGGCGGUUGGCAGCUAAGUUCGAGUAGCAGGUCCGCACUCUGGCCUUGCUGGCCACCGGACUUCGACAGUAUUCUGUUCAUCAGCGAUGUUUUAGUAUUUAUUUGGCGGCCGUUAAACGGAUCACUCGAGCGUCACGUAGCACAGAAGCCUGGUGGAUCACCUCUAAGGCACCCGGCUUCCGCCUGGCCGGGCGAACGCUCGAAGCGAUCGCUGCUCAACUUUGUUCGCGGUGACGCGUGGCUGCAAACGCUCGCAGCUGCUGUCUUAAAGUGCAUUGUAUUGUGUCGUAGGAUUGUCGGGCCGGCCACUGGCUGGCGCUGGGGCCGACCUGGCGGCGUGCGCCGCUCCUGGCAGCCGCCCGGCGGGUCCGGCCGCCACCCAGGCGCCGGCCGCGGUCGGCUGCGCACCCCAGCCGGUCCAGCUCUAGUACUUAUACUCGCCUGUUAUGCGGUUCACGCUGUACGCCUGACCGUAGUUAGAUGACUCUAUUUUUACGACGCUGAUUUGUUUGCGUCGCGCACGUUGUAGCGUGUGCCGGCAGCUGUGCGUGUGCGUGUGCGCGGCACCUCCGGCGGCCUAGAGUGCCGCGGCCGCUCCGCUGGAGACGGGUCCGGGGGUGCGGCACCCGCGCGUGGCCGCCCUCCCCGCCGAGGCAGCUCAGCCUGGCCCCACCGACACGGCUCGAGGGCCGUCUGCUCAGGGUGGUGCACGCUCUGCCUCGGUCCACGCGGCCGUGUCGCUCCCGUGCUCCGUGGUGACCGGUGUGUGCUCUGUACGGCCGUGACUGCGGCCGUCUGGAGGCCACGGACACCGUCUGGAAGGUCCGGCCUGCUCGCUGUGCGGCAGCGGCGGAGCCUGACAGCGCCCCGCUGCAGGCUCGCGCCCUCAGGCGAACGUGGCCUCGAACCCUCAGGCGAACGUGGCCUCGCACCCUCAGGCGAACGUGGCCUCGCGCCCUCAGGCGAACGUGGCCUCGCACCCUCAGGCGAACGUGGCCUCGCACCCUCAGGCGGACAUGGCCUCGCACCCCAGGCGAACGUGGCCUCGCACCGGCCCGCCGCUGUUGUCUGCCAAUCUCCGUCUGUACCAUGUGUAGUGCUGUAGAACGGUGGUGGUCUGGUUAUAAAAUACACAGUGCAUCUCUGGAA